AUAACACUGUUGCCUUCCUCAACCUUCUACUCUACUGCCCCCUCCUCUCUCUCACAUAAACUCCUUAAUCUCUCUAUCUCUCCUUCCCACUCUCUCCUUUUCUUUGAUUGGCUUAGGUGUGGUAGGAAAGAAAAUUUUGGAUUUGAUAGUGCACGGAUAGAAAGAUCAUGUCAGACUCUUCAUCAGCUGCUUCUUAUAUCCAUAUGGUCCAACACAUGAUAGAAGAAUGCAUGUUAUUCAAGAUGAGCAAGGAAGAAUGUAUGGAAGCCCUUUCUAAACAUGCAAAUAUCUUGCCCAUCGUUACUUCCACAGUGUGGAAGGAGCUGGAGAAGGAAAACAAGGAGUUCUUUGAGGAUUAUUACACCAAAAGAGCUGAGGAAAAGCAGCGGAAUGUUAGUAGUGAGUUGGAUAUGCUGAGGAAAAGAAUGGAGAAGAUGGUGUUGGAUUUCAACACCAAAUAAUCAUAUCCGCUAUGGAUUUUAUUUUAGACAAAGAUGGCCAUGGCUGCCUUUUUUUCCUUUUUUUUUUCUUUUUUAUUGUAUUGAAAUAAAAUUAGGAGGGGUGGAAAUAAUGUGGGUAGUGUUGAAUGGAGAUGGGAGUUCUGUAAUAGUACCAGGUAUUGAGAAGUGUGAUGGCAAACAAUGGGUUGCUCUCAACACGUGUUGGACACGUGGGGGUCUGCGACUGUGCCGUCUUUAUUAGUGUCCUCGUCUAGUUUGUGUUCGUUGGUCCACCAAAAUGCAUUUUAUAGUUGCCUUUCA